AUGUCAGACAGUACACAGGACGUGCUAAAGGAUGCUGCAGCGGCCGCGGCGGGGGGGUCACUUUUCAGUACAUUUGAUAUUAUAAUGCUCGUGGCGCUGCUUGGAGCAGCGGUUUGGUGGCUCUACAGUUCCAGGAAAGAGAGCAAAAAAGAUGAAAUAGUACUAAGCAAAUAUUCAAUACAAACAGCAGCAUCAAUACAAGUUACAGAGAAUUCAUUCAUCAAAAAGUUACAAUCGUCCGGUAGGAGUUUAGUGGUAUUUUAUGGCUCACAAACUGGCACCGCGGAAGAGUUCGCUGGUCGCCUGGCAAAAGAAGGCGCCAGAUAUAAAAUGAAGGGCAUGGUCGCCGACCCUGAAGAAUGCGAUAUGGAAGAGCUCACAAAGUUACCAGACAUACCUAAUUCAUUAGCUGUAUUUUGUAUGGCUACGUACGGAGAAGGCGAUCCGACUGAUAAUGCGAUGGAAUUUUAUGAAUGGCUGAAAAAUGGAGAUCCAGAUCUGACUGGCUUAAAUUACGCAGUGUUUGGUCUGGGCAACAAGACCUACGAACAUUACAACGAGGUGGCCAUAUAUUUGGACAAAAGGCUGGAAGAACUCGGUGCGUCAAGGGUCUACGAAUUGGGAUUGGGCGACGACGACGCAAAUAUUGAAGAUGACUUCAUCACGUGGAAAGACAAGUUCUGGCCAGCAGUGUGCGAGAAGUUCGACAUUCAAAGUUCCGGAGAAGAAGAAUUGACACGUCAGUUCAGUUUGAUCACCCAUGCACCGGAUGAGAUUCCAGCCAGCAAUAUCUUCAGUGGCGAAAUUGCGAGACUGAAUACCCUGCAACUGCAAAGACCACCAUACGACGCGAAGAACCCGUUCCUGGCACAAAUUGUGGUCAACAAGGAAAUGCACAAGGGCGGCGACAGGUCCUGUCUUCACGUGGAGCUAGAUAUAUCCAAUUCUAAAAUGCGAUAUGAAGCGGGUGACCACGUGGGGGUGUAUCCAAUAAACGAUACGGUUCUAGUAAACCGACUAGGGGAAUUGACCAAUUCGAACUUGGAUGAAGUGUUCUCCCUCAUCAAUAACGACCAAGAGAGCAGCAAGAAGCAUCCGUUCCCGUGCCCUACGACCUACCGCACUGCGCUUACGCAUUAUUUAGAGAUCACUGCACUGCCGCGCACGCAUAUCAUGAGAGAACUCGCCGAAUAUUGCACGGAUGAGGAAGAUAAAAAGAAGUUGAUGCUUAUGGCAACAAACUCUCAGGAAGGCAAGACUCUGUACCAGUCGUUCGUGGUAGACGCUUGCAGGAAUAUCGUGCAUAUUCUGGAAGACAUCAAAUCAUGUAAACCUCCACUGGACCAUGUGUGCGAGCUGCUGCCACGUCUUCAACCAAGAUACUAUUCCAUAUCCUCAAGUCCGAAGUCAUACCCUGAGACGGUGCACGUGACGGCGGUGGUGGUGCAGUACCGCACCAGCUCGGGCCGCGUCAACAAGGGCGUCACCACCACGUGGCUCGCCGACCUCAAGCCCGAGGACGGCAAGCCCUUGCCCAGGGUGCCGGUUUACAUUAGGAAGUCUCAAUUUAGAUUGCCAUUACAGUCCCAAACGCCCAUCAUGAUGGUGGGGCCGGGCACGGGGUUGGCUCCCUUCAGAGGUUUCCUGCAGGAGCGAGUGCACGCUAAGGCCAAUGGCAAGGAAGUGGGAGAUACCAUUCUUUACUUCGGAUGCAGGCAUCGGGACCAGGACUAUAUCUAUCAAGAAGAGCUAGAAGAGUAUGAGAAGACUGGCCUUCUGAAACUUAACUUAGCAUUCUCCAGAGACCAAGGUCACAAAGUUUACGUCACUCACUUGCUCGAAAAAAAUCUGGAACAAAUUUGGGAUGUUCUUGGUAACCGAAAUGGACACUUUUAUGUGUGUGGAGAUGCGAAAAAUAUGGCUGUGGAUGUGCGGAACAUCGUGUUGAAGGCUGUCAAGGAGGUCGGCGGCAAAACUGACUCGGAGGCCGCACAAUUCCUUAAAAAAUUGGAUUCCAUGAAAAAAUAUUCGUCUGAUGUGUGGAGUUAAAGAAUUUGUUAGAUUUUAUUUUACCAUAAGUACUUUUACACCAUGAAUUUAAUUUUUAAUAGUUGAAUUGUCUGCAUAUGCCUACUUUGUAGCAAUGUAGGUUGUUAUUAAUAUUACUUGUUAUACGUAACGUGACAUUGUGAUAAAAAGUACACUUUUAUAACAAAAUGUGAGGUAAAUUGACAUUAAAUGCACAUUAGUUUUUUAGUUUAAUUCAGGUAUUUGAACAAAUUAUUACUAUUAUUUAUUUGUUAUUUAAUACUUUCGUUGAUGUGUACAUGCACUAGUAGAAUCUAUAUUAUGAAUGCAUUAUGUAUUUUGAAUAAAUCGAAGGUACCUAUGUUGAACUAUUUAUUUACGUUUAACUAUUACAAUACUAUGACGUGAAAUUGAUAGUGUAAGCUAAAUAUCUUUGUCAAUCAAUUUUGACGUUAUGAAACGACUUGACGACCUCUUGUAGUAGCAAUUAAUGUGUACCUGUGUUAUUAAUUUCUGAAACUGUUACUUUGAAAACGUAACAAUGAAUGUUGUACAGGAAUUUUUCUAAAUCUUGUUGGUAAAUUAUAUUAAGUGGACUGGGCAAUAGAUUUUAAGUCAGAUGUAUAAUGAAUGAUAUAUAUUUUGCAUAUUUUAAUAUACUGUUUUUAAUGAA